AUGGGCACCUUUGGAGCUGACAGUCUUUCAGAGCUGCUCGAGGAAUUCCCUCCUGUGCAGCUGGGCGAUCCUCGCUCGGCUACAGCUCUGGGGACCAGUUUGGCUUCUGGCAGUGACCUGACCUCAGCCUUCACCUCCUAUUCCCCUCUGCUGCUAGGGAUGGGAGGACCCCUCCUUGUAGUGAAGAAAACCAAGGUUCAGGGAGAGCAGGGGAGGCCAGGGCGGGAGGGUAAAGGCGAGGGGGUGUCCUGUAAUCCCUCCCCUACCAGGUCGGCCCAGGCAGCCUGCGAGGACCCCCAGGAAGAUGCGACAUCUUCCUCUUACGAGUCGUUUUCUCUCUCCGCAGGGACGGUGCCUUCAAUGACCCCGAGUGCCUGCGCCUCAGACCCAUGUGCUCCGGGGACCGAGUGCCAGGCUACGGAGACUGGUGGCUACACAUGUGGGCCCACGGUGUCCCCGGGCUGUGCCUCCCAGCCAUGCCACCACGGUGCCCUGUGUGUGCCCCAGGGCCCAGAUCCUGGCGGCUUCCGCUGCUACUGUGUGCCCGGCUUCCAGGGUCCCCACUGCGAGCUGGACAUCGACGAGUGUGCAUCCCGGCCCUGCCAUCACGGGGCCACCUGCCGCAACUUGGCCGAUCGCUACGAGUGCCACUGCCCCCUCGGCUAUGCAGGCGUGGCCUGCGAGGCCGAGGUGGACGAGUGCGCCUCUGCUCCCUGCCUGCACGGGGGCUCGUGCCUGGACGGCGUGGGCUCCUACCGCUGCGUGUGCGCGCCGGGCUACGGGGGCGCCCACUGCCAGCUGGACCUCGACGAGUGCCAGAGCCAGCCAUGCGCGCACGGGGGCGUGUGCCGCGACCUAGUUAACGGGUUCUGGUGCGACUGUACAGACACGGGCUACGAGGGCGUGCGCUGCGAGCAGGAGGUGCUGGAGUGCGCGUCAGCGCCCUGCGCGCACAACGCGUCCUGCCUCGAGGGCCUCGCGAGUUUCCGCUGCCUCUGCUGGCCAGGCUAUAGCGGCGAGCGGUGCGAGGUGGAUGAGGACGAGUGUGCAUCGGGCCCCUGCCAGCACGGGGGCCAGUGUCUGCAACGCUCGGACCCUGCCCUCUACGGAGGAGACCAGGCCGCCUUCCCAGGCGCCUUCAGCUUCCACCAGGCCGCUGGCUUCCUGUGCCGCUGUCCCCCAGGCUUCAAGGGGGACGACUGCAGCGUGGAUGUGGAUGAGUGCGCCUCACAGCCAUGUCUCAACGGAGGCCGCUGCCAGGACCAGCCCGAUGGUUUCCAGUGCCACUGCGGAGCUGGCUUCACAGGCCCGACGUGUCAGGAAGACGUGGAUGAGUGCCUGUCGGAGCCCUGCCUCCAUGGCGGAACCUGUGAUGACACCGUGGCGGGCUAUGUCUGCUGGUGCCCAGAGGCCUGGGGUGGGCACGACUGUUCUGUACAGCUCACGGGCUGCCAGGGCCACACAUGCCCACCAGCUGCCACCUGCGUUCCCAUCUUCGAGUCUGGGGUCCACAGUUAUGCCUGCCACUGCCCACCUGGUACCCACGGACCGUCUUGUGGCCAGAACACCACCUUCUCCGUACUGGCUGGGAGCCCUGUGCCGGCAGCAGUGCCAGCUGGUGGCCCUUGGGGCCUGGCACUGCAGUUCCGCACCACGGUGCUUUCUGGGGCCUUGGUCACUCGCACUGACCCUCAGGACACCUUGGAGCUGGCACUGGUGGGGGCCUCACUUCAGGCCACACUCAGUAGUAACGGCACCACGGUGCUCGCCCUGAGCUUGCCGGACCUGGCUGUAAGUGAUGGCCACUGGCACCGGGUGGAGGUGGCGCUCCACCUAGGGACCCUUGAGCUACGGCUCUGGCACGAGGGCUGCCCUGCCCGGCUCUGCGUGGCCUCUGGUCCUGUGGCCCCGGCUCCCAGGGCGUCAGCGGCCCCACCACCUGUUGGGUUGUGCUCUGCCCAGCUGGGUGGCCCGGCCUUUGCAGGCUGCAUCCAGGACAUGCGUGUGGAUGGGCACCUCUUACUUCCCGAGGAUCUCGGCGGCAACAUCCUGCUGGGCUGUGACCGCCGGGAGCAGUGCCAGCCUCUGCCUUGUGCUCACGGAGGGGCCUGUGUGGACCUGUGGACUCACUUCCGCUGUGACUGCCCGCGGCCCUACAGUGGUCCCACGUGCGCCGAUGAGAUCCCUGCUGCCACCUUUGGCUUGAGGGGCACCCUGAGCUUUGCCUCCUUUCUGCUCCGUGAGCUGCCAGGCCCCAAUCUCACUGUGUCCUUCCUCCUGCGCACUCGGGAACCGGCCGGCCUGCUGUUCCGGCUGGCCAACGACUCGGCAGCAGGAGGCCUGACAGUCUUCUUGAGAGACGGCCAGAUCUGGGCUGAGGCGCUGGGCGGUCCUGCCAUGCUGCUCCCCGGGCGCUGGGAUGAUGGGCUCCGCCACCUGGUGUCACUCAGCUUCGGGCCUGGCCAGCUGCCGGACCUGGGGCAGCAAGUGCAUGUGGGCGGGAUGCUCCUUCCCGCUGACACCCGGGCCUGGGGCGGGCCCUUCCGAGGCUGCCUCCAGGACCUGCGACUCAAUGGCCUCCACCUCCCGUUCUUUCCUGGGCCGGAGAAUUCAAGUCAGCCCGGCGAGUGGGGCAGCAGACAGUCCUGGAACCUGACCAUGGGCUGUGUCUCCGAGGAUACGUGCAGUCCUGACCCCUGUUUCAAUGGCGGGACUUGCCUUGUCACCUGGAAUGACUUCCACUGCACCUGCCCGGCCAACUUUACAGGGCCCACGUGUACCCAGCAGCUGUGGUGUCCCGGCCAGCCCUGCCUCCCCCCUGCCACCUGUGAGGAGGUCCCCGAUGGCUUUGUCUGUGUGGCCGAGACCACGUUCCACGAGGGUCCUCCCGCCGCGUUCAGCGGGCACAACGUGUCGUCGGGGCGCUCGCUCAGCGGUCUCUCGCUUGCCUUCCGCACGCGCGACUCCGAGGCCGGGCUGCUGCGCGCCACCACGGACGCCCGCGCCGCCCUCUGGGUGGCGGUGCGCAACGGCUCGCUGGCUGCCGGCACUUCCGAUCAACAGCGUGUGAUCCGGGCUAGUCUGGAAGAUAACUUGAGGUUUCCGUUUGGCUGCCACCAUUGCCGUCCAUUCUCUGAUUUGUCCUUUGGGUCAGGGGCAGAGGGAGGAGGGCAGAGCCUUUGUUCCUUCCCUCAUGCAGUCUUGGCUCGACCCCCACCCCCACCCCCACCGCCACAGCCAACGAAUGUCUGGCCGCAGAGAUCCUGCACUUCAUCAGCUUCUCAAAGGUUGCCUGUCCUGCCCGGGGAAUGCAGCCUGAAUGUAACCUGCCUCAGUGACGGCCCAUGUGAAGGUGGGCUCCAGAGUGCCAACUGCAGCUGCCAGGAGGGCUUUGGUGGCCGGAGGUGUCGGGUCCCUACGCUCCCCUGUGAGGCCAACCCCUGCCUGAAUGGGGGCACCUGCCAGGCAGCUGGUGGGGUGUAUGAGUGUCUCUGCAGCACCAGGUUCUCCGGCCAGUUCUGCGAGGUGGUGAAGGGCCUGGCCCUGCCGCCGCAGUUCCCGCUGCUGGAGGUGGCAGUGCCUGCUGCCUGUGCCUGCCUCCUGCUCCUGCUCCUAGGCCUCCUCUCAGGGAUCCUGGCGGCCAGAAAGCGCCGCCAGUCAGAGGGCACCUACAGCCCGAGCCAGCAGGAGGUGGCUGGAGCCCGGCUGGAGAUGGACAGUGUCCUCAAGGUGCCACCCGAGGAGAGACUCAUCUAGGCCCACCUGGCUACCAGUGCCAGCACCUGGAGGCCUGAACCAUUUCCACCUGGAGAUCUGGGGAGGCUGCUUCCAGGCCUGGGACACCCGCUGGGGAAGUGUCCCCUUGCUGGCCGCCCCUGCCUCUGCCCCGUCAUGGACUGGGGAAAGGGGAGCCGCUCAGGGAAGCAGAGGGACCCGCGAGGCCGUGGACUUCCGCCCCGGCAGGCGUACGGCUGUGCUGGGAAGGCAUGCGUGCUGCAUGUGGUGUGUCAGGAGCGUGUGUGCGUGCGUGAACCUGGGACAUGCUGUCUUCGGAUUCCAGUGUGAAUGUUCUGAUGGGCUUGCACGUGUGUCAUGACUGCAGUGGGUGCAGGUGAUCCCACGGGGGGAGGUGGCUGUAUCCUGGGACAGCCCUGGGGCAGAGGUGGCCCCAAGCUGAUCUCUACAAGGCCAGGCCAGGGAUUGUCUGAAAUCUGCAUCUUUGCCCAGCUCUGGGGCUGUGCCUGGGGACAGCCAGGAAAGCAGGGAAGGCCACUAGGGGAGGCUGAGUGAGCCCCUGGCUCCCAGAGCAAAUGCCGCUUGGGGCAGGUCUAUCUGCCAGAUGCCAGAGCCAGUCACACAAGGAAACCCCAGCCCUGCUGCACCUGUCUGUCCAGGCGGCCUGCAGGGCCAGAGGCUGGCUACCCUGAGGUGCCUGCCUGGCUGUGGUCCUCUGUAGAAUGCCUACCUCACAGGGCUGCCGUGAGGACCAAGACCAUGACGACUCUCAUCGUGUGCUGGGAGGCGUCGGAUGCCUGUCAGAUAUGAAGGACUGUCCUUUUAGGUGUUGGGAAGUGUCCUCUUCCCCAGCCAGAACUGAGAGUGGGGAAGAGGGGUGGCAAGAAGGCCAGAGGAAGACAAGGAUGGAGGAGCACACCCCGCCCACAAACUCAGCAGCACCACCUGAGUGCCGGGGAGAGAGCGCCCCAUCUCCUGCAGACCAGUCGCCUUUUGUACGGGUGUAGGGUGGAUUCGGGAGAGGACUUGGAAGUCUUGGAGUUGUUUGCUGAAUACAGGUGCUCAGCAAACACUGCUGCUGCCUCUUAGUGUCCGGGAGGAUUUGCCACUUGCUUCCAGGCCCUUCCCUGAGGAUGACUGUCAUGCUGUGAACUCAUACCCCAGGGGACACCUGCCUGCGGGCCUCCUUUGAGCGCCAUGAUUCCCUUUAUCCCUGACCUAGAGGCACACUCUGUCCCUCCUGUGCCCCACGCCAGUGCCUCCCAGAACUGCGGGCUGCAGGUGCCAAGUUUUACCUCCUCAGGUUGGAGUUGGCGUCCCCUGCCUUCCUGACCACGCUGCCGCAGUUUCAGCCCACAGGAGUCCUCCCGCGGGAUGGCCCAUGGGGUGACCGGGCAGGGAGUGCAGAUUCAGCAGAGGCUGGGGUAGGGAGGGCCCGGCUUAGGGCCUGGCAUGGCCCUGACCCCCCCAGCCCUUUCCAGGACUCUUGGCAAAGGCAGGAGGAAGCUUUUGGUCGCCACGGCUUAGCCUCUAGAUCCUGGAAGUCAGGGAUUUGCAGACCGCGUCAGUCGCAGACUCCUAAGAGGGUUUUAUGUGGAACCCCGAUAUAGAUCAAAGCUGCUGGUCUUUCUGGGGGACACAGGUCCUUCUCCUCACCCUGUUCUGAAGGGUCCUGGGUGCCUGUCACUUUCAGGGGAGGAGGAGCAUGGCCAGAUGCUGAGCAGAGAGGGCGUGGAAGGCCGCUGCGGUGACUGGUCCAGACCUCCCCUCCAACACACAUGUCCAACUGAGGCACGGUUUUGAGGCUUUGCCCUUGCUAACGAGAGCCCUGUGGGGUGUCUUUCCAGCUGUCCCUGGGACUUGCUCCUUCCUGGAGCCUGGGUACCUGGGCAUUGCUGGCCUGCAGGCUACUCCAUGGCCCCAGAAGGCCUGUGCAGGCCUGCCAGCAGCCACCCCCUGCUCUGUCUGUGAGGGGCAGGGGUGACCUGGCUCAGAGCCCUGAGUGGGCUCAGGCUGGGCCGGGGCCAGGGCUGAAUCCUUCCCUCACUGGUCCUGCCUGCCGCCACCUCUGUGGGGUAGGUGAGGUGGCUGAGGGCCCACAUGGGCCUGCUCCCCAAGAUUUCACAGAAGGCAGAGUUCAUCCUUAGGUUUGCAAACGGAGUCUGGCAGGUGGAGGGAGCAGUGUUCAGCUGGGGAGGUGGGUUCAGGUGGGGUGUGUUCUACCUCCCUGGGGUGGCCCUGUCCUCGAUGGGGCUGGGGGUCCACCCAGAACUGGGGUGAGGCGUGGACCAGAACACCUGCAUGCCCGGGCGAUGCCCUCGUGGCUUACGGCGCAGCUCCCCAGCAGCCAGGGAAUGCCAAGGAGCCUUGCCCAGUGGCCAUGGCUGACUCAGGGAGGGCCCUGGCGAUCCAUGGGCCUCAGAUGUUGGGGCUCCCUGGGGAGACAGGGACCUCUAGGGACCCCCUUAUCCCCGUCGGAU